AUGUCUCCUAAUCCAUAUUUUAUCAUCGCGGCCCUGCCUGCCGACGACAUGAACCAGACCGACUACGAGAUCAAGAAAGUCUUCAACAUGGAUCCCGAGUACACCCGCACCGAGAUAGAGAAGAUGAAGCAAUCCAUGGUAGAUGCAGGAUUCGACUUCGACUUGGUUCUCUGCUCGCUCAAGCUGGGCACCCAACCCGUGAUUGACGCUCUGGACAAAUGCGAGGACUGCAAGGCCGUCAUCCUUGGAUAUGGCAUGCGUGGCCAUCCAAGUCCCAAGGUCGCUGUGUUGUUGGAAGAACUUAUCGAGCGGGUGAGGCAUCAUCCUAAAAAUGUGAAGAUCAUGCUCAAUUGGGAUAUCCCUUCGAGCUUGAAUGCUGCUAAGAGAGCACUUGGACAAGAGUAA